AGGCAGAAAGUCAAGACAGAUAGAGACAUAGGGAGAGAGAGAGAGGAAGUGAGAUCACGUAAAAAGUGUAAUAAGUUUUCAAACAGAGCAUCGACCCUGCGUGGAAAUGACUCUACCGUUUGGCCCGUUGGGCUUACGAUGUCUGUCUCGCUCUGUUCUGUGUGGACGGAAUGUUAAAACUGUUUUCUUACAACAAACCACAUCUGCUGGACGAUAUGUGCACAACAUUGCUAAGAAAGAUUCUGUUACUGUUGAACUGAUAGGCAAAAUAUGUUUGAUCGGGUUAAACUGUCCUGAAAAGAAGAAUGCUGUUAAUUCUCAAACUGCUCACAGUCUGUAUCGGGCUUUUCAGGACUUUGAACACAAUGACCAGACACAUGUUGCGGUAUUAUUUGGUAAAGGUGGCAAUUUCUGUGCAGGGUUUGAUCUCAAAGAACUUGCAGAUGAAUUUCGAAGUGCUGAAGUUGCCUUGCCUGAUUCCCCAAGUCGAACAGAACGUGCUCCAAUGGGUCCAACACGAAUGUCAUUUUCUAAGCCUGUCAUAGCAGCUGUUUCUGGUUAUGCUGUAGCUGGUGGUUUGGAGCUAGCACUUAUGUGCGAUUUGAGAGUUGUUGAAGAAUCAGCUAUCAUGGGUGUCUACAACCGGAGAUUAGGAGUCCCCCUUGUUGAUGGUUGCACAGUAAGAUUACCAAAACUCAUUGGUUUAUCUCGUGCCAUGGAUUUAAUUCUGACCGGUCGGCCAGUCGACAGUAAAGAAGCUCUCCAAAUUGGUCUUGCUAACAGAGUAGUUCCUAACGGGACAGCUAUUGGCCAAGCAACACAGUUAGCUCUAUCUAUUUCAAGAUAUCCACAAGUGUGUCUUCAAGCUGAUCGCAGAUCUGCAUAUUAUUCUUGCUAUGAUGCCACAUCCCGACAAGAAGCUUUACAGUAUGAAUUCCUCAAUGGAAGAGAUGUCUUAACGGUGGAAUCUAUAAAAGGUGCCCAGAAAUUUGUUGAAGGUUAUGGAAAACACGGUGCUUUUGAUACGGAAAACAAAGAGAAAUGAAAACCUGAUUUUGUAUAUAAGUGGUUUUGGAGAAUUUUUUUUUUUUGCUGAAGUGAUUUGCCUGACAUCAAAACCAACAACUGUUAUAUCUAACCAAAGGAUAUCGUUCUUCCUCCACACUGCCAGUCCAAGAGAGUUCUCCAGGAGAAUCAUCAUUGAUUCAGCAAUUCAUACUGUAUUGAUAUUUGAUGCAGUGUGUGUGUGUGUGUGUAUAAACAACGCAUUAUAAUGUGCAGGCUCCCGAUUCUGGGCUACGGUUCAUUGUUUUAGAUUCCUCCAAUUCAUACUGUAUUUGAUGCAGUGUGUGUGUGUGUGUGUGUGUGUAUGUGUGUGCAUAAACUAUGCAUUAUAAUGUGUAAGCUCCAGAUCCCGGGCCACAGUUCAUCCUUUUAGAUUCCUCCAACAGUCU